AUGCCAUCAACAUCAAGUACAGACAAUUGCACCCAUGUCACACCCGAAUGCCCAAUUAACGCACACUUAUAUGGCUACGCACCAAACCUCGCAGCGAACAUCUUCUUUGUUGUAUUCUUUGUCCUAGGCACCGUCUUUCACCUGAUGGCCGGAAUCUACUACCGCACCUGGUCCUUCAUGGUAGCCCUAACAUUCGGCUGCCUCUGCGAAGCCGUCGGUUAUGUCGGCCGAGUAAUGAUGCACUACAACGUUUGGAACAAAGCUGGAUUCCAGAUUCAAAUUACAUGUCUUAUCUUAGGUCCUUCGAUCCUAGCAGCUGGCGUGUACCUAACGCUCAAACACAUUGUGCUCAAUAUCGAUCAGCGAUUCUCCCGACUCAAGGCACAUUGGUACACUUGGAUCUUCAUCUUCUGUGACCUCGUCUCUCUAAAUAUCCAGGGUGGAGGCGGCGGAGUAGCUGGUGAUGCAGAUAGCGGGAGUUCAGACUUGAAAAGAGGCACAGAUAUUAUGAUUGGCGGUAUCGUUUUUCAAGUCGUUGUACUAAUCUUCUUUGGCUAUUUUCUGAUCGAGUACUUUGUUCGUGUAUACCGACAUCGCCAUCAACUCGGACCCGAGCCUCUCACAACCUUGGGAUCACGCCGCUUCCAGGGAUUCAUGGGGGCUGUUGUUCUCUCAUACUUGACCAUCUUUAUUCGAUCCGUGUAUCGAAUCCCAGAGCUCAUUGGCGGCUGGGGCAAUGAGCUGAUGAAGAAUGAGACCGAAUUCAUUAUCCUCGAGGGGGUCAUGAUAUGCUUGGCCACACUAUCUCUCACUGUUUACCAUCCUGGCUGGUGCUUCCCUGCUAUGGCUGGUUGGAUACGUGAAAAUAAAGCAGAGGGGCAGGAAUUGGAGGAAACCCGAUUGGCAACGGUGGCAUAA